UUGUCAGGCGCUUUCAUAGUCCAGACAUACGAUCAUCGACGACCGGUACAAACGUACGGUUGAUGCGCAAUAAUACGGGCUGUGUUUCGUGCUUUGCUAAACAGUUUUCGUUACUAAUAAUCCCAGUGUGUUAGUGCUAACUACGGUACCGCUUCUCUGGUUAAAAUUAGAGAAACCAUGAUACGGUAAAGCAAGCUAACGAGUUAAUGAUAUUUUAAAAGAAAUAAAAGAAACAAGAUGAAGCGCUUACAAAGAUGUUGUUGCUGUGCCUCUACCCGCACCGGCACCCUAAUAACGGCCACGUUGGGCAUAAUUCUAUCAAUCAUUACGAUCAUCACAAUAUGGGUGGCCAACAAACACAAUGUUUCCUACAGGACCUUCAUAUUCGCUGAGGACUUUGACAAAAAGCUCGCUGACAUGGACAUUCCAAGAAUUAUACUCACUGUCAACCUGUGCUUUACGAUCCUUAUAUGUGGACUUCUCAUAGUAGCAGUUCUAAAGACAUCGUACUCGAGACGGUCCUGGUUAAUGCUGCCAUGGGUAGUGCUGGGUAUAGUUCUGGCAAUUGGUCUGUUGAUCAGUGUUCUUCACACCUCAAUCACAUACUAUCUGGAUGAACAGGAUCACGCCAUUCUCGCUACGUGUAUAUUAAUCGGUGGACUUAUCUAUUUAUGUAUUUACCUCUACCUAUGGGCAGUGGUCUUCAGUCAUUACUUGGACGUCCGCGACGAAGAAGAGCGUGGUAGAUACCGCAAGGCUCCCUACAAACGAUAGACUAAAUACUACUCAUCAUUUUUUAUCCAGUCAAAUUUAAUUUAAGUAAAGACUAAUUUAUAAUUAUAUAGGAGAUAUAUUAUUACAAUUGCCUGCUAAUAAGUCAUGUGAAAUUUUGUUGUUUUAAUGGAUUUAUAAAAAGAUAAUAAUUAGAGUUUUACUAAUUAUUAAUUAAGUUGAAUGAGAGAAAAGAACACUGCAGAAUUAUCAGAGGAUAAUAUAAAAUCCUAAUCACGCACCAAAAACUGUUUUACAAUGUAAUAGAGUUUAUUUUUGUAUAAAACUGCUAAUAUAUGCCACAAAUGUUGAAUAUUUAAAGAUGUUUAUUCUUUAUAAGAAAAACUGUAUAUUGAAAUGAAGUUCUCUGACAGCUAAAUACCAAGUGCCUUAACUUUAAAGUUACCGCAUAAAAUAUUUUACAAUUUUGUUACAAUGUACUGAUAUAAAUAAAACAACUAAUUUAAUAUAAUGUACAUGUUAUAUUAUAAUCUAAAUGAUCUGUUGAACGAUGCAUUUUAAAUGUGUGAAUGAAUAAAUAUUAUUUAUUUUUUA